CAGGGCUGAGGUGAAAGAUCGGUGAUCGGAACAUGCUUCGAACCAGUUGGUAAUCAGGCGUAACAGCCUCACAGCUGCAUUAAAUGCCUCGGGCGCCUCGUCGUCGCCUCCAACUGGGACUGGAGUGUAUGCCCUCUGCAUACUCUUCGAAGCCUGGCAGUUGCGAGUUCGCCAGUACUCCUUCCCAAGCUCGAUUCCGGCGUACUUCAGUCCAUUGGGCUCUAUCCAACUCUCACCGUCGUCACUGACAUCUAUCUUUUGAACAUCGGAGAUGAUGUUAAUCUUGAUAUCACUACUAAUAUUCCUCCCCACCCUCCUUUAUAUCCUUCCUCGAUUCCUCGCCCUCUACGACACCCUCCGUGAGCACCCCCAACCGCCCACCCCCGGAAGCCUCCUCUCCCACAUCCGAUACCACCUGCACAAGGGCUACUUCCGCUACCUCCUCGACGGCCCCGGCUACGUCCUCGAGCGAUCCGAACGCCUCAUCUUCGACACCUUUGUCCUCGUCCUCCUAACCGCAAUCGGGUACGGCGCCUUCCUGGCCUUCAAAACAUUAUUUGGGGCCCUCGCGCACGUCGCGUUGGAUACCUGGAUCCAAUCGGGCGUGUCGGUGGAUCUGUGGAGACGAAUGGGAAAGAAGGCGUGUCGGACGCAUAUCCAGAAUCCAGGCGCGGACAAUGCGAGCGUCGAGAUCUGUCGCGCUGGUGGUACGAUGGCGACGGGGAGGUGGAUUGCGGAGGUGAGGAAUGAGAUUGCGGCUGGCAGCGGUGCUGGUGGUGGUGGUGCGGGAGGGUGCAGCCCUUUUGCUAUUGCUUAGGUGGUGGUGGUCGUGGAUUUGGUAUGGGAUCUAUUUGCGAAUGAAGAGCCGUGGAGGAUUUUGCGUGGAGGACGACAAGGUUGCUCGCCGCAGCCGCAG